CCUCUCAACUGCUUAGACGUUCUUAGCUUACUGCAGAGGAAUCUCCAGUCACAGCACCAUGAACCAAAGUGCUGUUCUUAUUAUCUGCCUUAUCAUUCUGACUCUGAGUGGAACUCAAGGAAUGCCCCUCUCUAGAUCUACACGCUGUGCCUGCAUCACGAGGAGUGAUCAACCUGUUAAUCCAAGGUCCUUAGAGAAACUUGAAGUGAUUCCUAGAAGUCCAUCUUGUCCACAUGUUGAGAUCAUUGUCACAAUGAAAAAGAGCAAGAAGCAAAAAUGUCUGAAUCCAGAGUCUAAGACCACCAAGAAUUUACUGAAAGCACUUAGCAAGGAAAGGUCUAAAAGAUCUCCCCAAACACAAAGAAAAGCGUAAUCACAGCACCCCUGAUAAGGAUGGACCAGAGAGAGGCUGCCUCUGUCAUCAUUUCCCUACGUACAAUAUUUGUCGAGCCCUAAUUGUCCCUGGACUGCAGUUCUCCUAAAAGCUGACCAAUCCAUCACCAAAUUAGGUGUUACUCCUGCAGGGAGGUGGAUGGUUCAUCAUCCAGAGCUGUUCAGUAGUAACUCUGACUUGGCAUUAUACUAUAAGCUAUGCUCAGUGCUUCAUUCUUAGUGAAUGUGCCAAGUCCUAGCCCUGCUUUCCUCACCUUUCCUACCUUCUAAAAGUUAUUAAGAGAUCUUUCUGCCUCUAGGCUUAUCAGAAUUCUCAGAAUCUCAAAUAACUAAAGGGAAUGCAAUCAAAGUGAUAAUACAGUCUGCUUUUUAAAGAAAAAUCUUCACUCCAUGGGCUUCUACUGCCAUCUUUCCAAGGCGCUCAGAUUCUUCUGGUAGAGAUAUAUAUAUAUUCCAAAUACAUAGAAUAAGCCUGAAAUAUCUGGAAAUGUGUGUGAAAAUAGUAUUAUUUAAUGAAAGACUGUACAUACAAAGUAGAACUCUUAAAUGUAUAUGUUUCUUAUAUUGUUUUCAAUGUGUAUGGAAUAACUUGUGUAAUUAAGUACUACACACAAAUGUACAAUGGGAGAAAGGUUUUAACCUAGAUAUAUGCUCUGCAUGUUAUUUAAGACAAAUAUGCUGGAUGUUUUUCAAGGUAAAAAAAUGGUGUGAAUUGCUGGAAAUAUUAAGAAAGAUUAUUUUACUGUUGAGAGACCAAAAGGUAAUAAAGUAAUUUUAACUAAAAUAAAG